UCGUUCCUGUGAUUUUGUAGGACCAGUUGUAAGACGAAUCAUUCACGUGAUGUUGUAGGAAAUAGAAGUUCAUCUACAGAAAUAGUUGCCAGUGGAAAUGGAGAAAGGCCUGUGAUUAUUAAAUUAUUAUCAAUUGCGAUUACUUUUAAAAACGCACUUUAAACCAGUUGUGAGACGAAUCAUUCCUGUGAUUUUGUAAGAAAUAGAAUUUCAUCUACAGAAAUAGUUGCCAGUGGAAAUGGAGAAGGACAUGUGAUUAUCAAAUUAUUAUCAAUUGUUACGUUAUAACUGUUUUUAAAAAUACAAGAAAAGCUUUACGGCCUUUCAAAUGACAAGGGAUAAAGUGAUAUAUGAAGGUAGUUAAUUUAAAUGUGCUUUGUUUCAUCGAACAUGAUAUAAUUGGAUGUUACAGCCAUAAAUAACAUGCGGGAUUUAAAGAUUAACUAAAAGUAGAAAAACAAGAAUACAAUUAAAAAAAGAAGAAAAUAAGUAACUAUCAACUGGGCUCGAACCACUGACCCUUGGAGUCCUGGAAUAAAAAUCUACCGCUAAGACCACUCGGCCAUCCGUGCUCACACAAUGAGAGAAGGCGUGAACGAAUCGCUUCCAAAAACAACGGCAACUACAUGAAAAAAACUUCAAACCACUCUUCGAUGCUAAGAUGGAUGAAUACUACGAAGAUGACCUUCGUCAAUCAAUCAGCAACAUGACGAUGCAAUAUCCACAUCUCUUAAACAUCAGCAUGCCAUUCGAUUACAAUUAUGAAAACGAAUGCCCUAAAUUUUACACAGAGUCGGCAUCAGAGUAUACCAGGCUAUAAACUCUGUAUGCAUACUCUUCUGCCCAUUAUAUGUGUCUUAGGGAUCAUCGGAAUAAUUGUGACAAUUAUUGUGCUGAGUCAUAAAAGCAUGUCCACAUCGACUAAUAAUUAUCUUAUAUCGCUUGCAGUGACCGACCUGUUGUUCUUGAUAGUUAUAGGUGUGCGAAUCUUCGAUACCCGGCUGGAUCGUGUUAUCCACCACUAUUACCUGGUGAUAAUGACAUACGGCAACAUCCUCAUCAACGUUGUCCUCUUGGCCUCUGUUUGGCUGACCGUCAUGUUAACGGUGGAACGAUAUAUUGCUAUUUGUCAUCCACUGCGUGCAAUCACACUGUGCACCGUUGUACGUGCCAGGAUUAUCAUUAUAUCCAUCGUAGUGAGUGCUUUUCUGUAUCAUGUCGUGGACAUAUUUAGAUACACCAUUCUGUUUCACCCGGACCCAUGUGUGGAAAAGGACGUGCCUGCGAUACAGUUCACACCUUUGGGGCUAAAUCAAAAUUUUCGAAAAGUGAAAAGCUGGGUGGACUGUUUUCUUUUCGCAAUCUCCCCAAUUAUAAUGGUUCUUGUUCUUAACAUUUUACUGAUAUUAGAAAUCCACCGCUCAACUAAGUAUUUGCGGCACCACUUGGCGAACGACUCCAACGUACGGACAAUAAUUUCGUGUGAGGAAAAGAGAAUCACCUGGAUGCUCAUUAUAGUUGUGAUUGUGUCCGGUGUGUGCCAAGGGCCGUAUAUUAUAUUGGGUAUUUUUAAGACUCUCUUUCCGGGCGUUAUUUUUUCACACUUUAAUACAAUGACAUAUGUAACCGUGUUGUUUCUAGUGCUAAGGUCUUCUUUUAACUUCAUAAUAUACUGUUGGUUCAGCGAAACGUUUCGGAACACCUUUAAGAGGAUUGUCUGCGUAGCAAAGUGCAAGCUAGGAUGGUAUCCACACAUAUGGAACAAUACUGAGCAUGGACAAAGUUAUAACAACCGUCAGAUAUCUGUUAUCCAUACCAAAGAAACUACUACGUGUUAGAACUGAGAUUAUUUGUUUAAUUAUGUUCAAUAAUCGUAUAAGACAGUUUGGCACAACAUGUGAAAUCAUUCUGGGUUACUUCGACCAACCUUUUUUAAUAACUAUGUAAACAAACCGAGCCUCGAAACGCAAUAUAUGAGGUGCCUCGUUAUACUAAACGAUAACUAAAAUCAGAUUUAAUUGCCAAUAAAAAGUCACAGUGAAAUAUAAAAAAGCCGUACAUACUUACACAAUCAUUAACAUAACAUUGGUUAGUGUAUUUACCAAUUUUACUUUUAUUAUGGUUAUGGUAAUGGGGUUAUAUAAUUAUUGCAAUAGUCUAAUUAAUGAUGAAUCAUAUGUUUUUGUUUGUUACGUUCUGUUAUUUUAGUUUAAGGAUUUGCUGAGCAAAUUCGCUUUGAUACCGGUUUAAUAUGUAUUUGUUUUUAAUUGCGCCAUUAUUAACAAGUCUGUGCAAUGUUGAAGAACCAACUCAUUAAAAUAAAAUUAGUGUAUUGAUGUAUUUUGGCGAUGUUUUAAAUAUCCCAAAAUUCAUCUCAAUGAUAAUAUUCCGAAACAAGUGUUAAGCAUGUAAAAUCAGCAUAGCAAUACUUAUAGAUCAUAGGUAAUCACUGAUACAAAUAUUUGUCAAAAAUAAAAUGUCUAACAUUUUAAAAGUUGUUUUCCACAUGUAUUAGUAAUAAGAUGUUUUGCAUAGAAAACAGUAUAGAAAGAAUGCAUCAACAAAACACACAUUUUUAAUCAGCCUUCAUCACAGUUUUGUCACCAAUGUUGUUUUAAGAUGAUAAAUGAAUAUAGAAAUCGUUGCCUCAUAUUACGUCACUUAAAUUUGCGGUAACGGGUAAUGCACAUACAAAUAAUAAAUUUGAAUAUUUAAAACGAUAUCAAGCAAAAAAUACCAUGCUUUGGGAUGUAUGUUUAAAAAGGUAUGUUUAUCAAUUGUUUAUUUUCUACACAAACUAUUACAUUGUUAUAGUUGACUUGACCGAUUUAACUAAAUUAACUAUAAAGUAAAACAUUUUGAUUCUACGAGAGUUGCCCAGUUUCAAAAUGAACAAAAGGAAUCCGUGUUUUUUCAAGUACAUACCCAAUUUUCUCGAACUAUUGUUGUUUUAGCAGUUGUGUAAUAUACUAUACUUUAAUGUGCAUGCAAUUUGUCAAUAAUAUUUAACUUAACUGAGAAGAAAAUAAGUAAAACGGUGAAGGGCAUUGUUUUAUGCCUUUUGAAAUGCAAAUGCACUUACAGAUGCAUUCAAAAUGAACUGAAAAGGAUCGGCCAUUCUAUUUAUUUGGGAAGUAUACGGAAUAUUCGACAUGACGCUACAUUAAAGCGCAAUCCAACGCCUGGUGGUGCUACAAAUUAAACUUCAAGUAGACGUCCAUAUAAGGUCACACCUGACGUCUUAUGCAAAAUUCGUCGCUGGAUCUCUACAAUCAAACCGCGGACCCAGAGAAAAAUGGCAUUUGACACAAGAAUGUCCAAAGGAACAGUAUACUACAUCAUCGGGAAUGUUUUGAAAGCAAAACUACGGCAGGAGAGUGCAAGGUUCAUCAGCUCAACAUGGCACAGAUUCAGAACCGCAGGUCUUGGAAGCUAUAUCUAAAGCUUAAAUGUGACAAGUGGAGAGAUUUUGUUACGUCUGACGAGGCGAUGUUUUAUCUUGGUGGAAGUUAUAGAAGAAGAUGAGUAUGUUAUGUCAGAACGGGAGAAAACGUUGGCGAUAAACUGAAGUUUGUAAAACGUGAUGCGUUUACCAGAGACUUCGAGUCGUGGGAUUCUCUAUCGUAAGGUAAACUCAGAUUGCUAUAUCAAUACAGUACUGAAACCAUUUAUACUAAAGGAUUCCCGAGACUCUUUCCGGACGGUAAACACGUCAUGACGUUCCAUCAGGACAGUGGAUCUAGCCACAACUCCAAACACACAGUGAACUUUCUAAAAGAUCAAAACAUUAAGUUCAUACCACCUGACGAAUGGAUGCAAAAGUCUCAAUCACAAGUAUACCCCAUAUAUUGGUAUAGUGGGUAUACCAAAACGACGCUUACAAACACGACAACAUUCUGGUCUCAAAAGAGCUCUGAAGGACGAAUGGCGCGCAUUGGAACAAACUGCCAUCAACAAAACUUCGAAAUCGUGGGCAAAGCGUAGCAGGGUGAUUCACGAUUGCCAUGGAUCUCAUAUUGAGCAUUUGUUGCAAUAAGAUGUAUUUAAAUCAUAAAUAAUUAAUGUUUUUGUUUUGUUCACCAUGAAAUUGGGCAACUCUCGUAUUCCCAGUCAUCGCUUGUAUGCUUAAGCUUUAUAUUAAAUAUAGUUAAUAUGAUUUUAGAGCGAUGCACGUUGUACAGCUUAAUUCAAAUAUAUUAUAACA